AUGUCCGGCUGCUCUGAGGAGCCGACCGCCUACGCCUUCGGGUACGCCGUGUCAGACCACUACACGGGCACCAACUUCGGCCACCAGGAGGAGCGGGACGGCUACGCCACCAAGGGCUCCUACAAGGUCAGCCUGCCGGACGGCCGGGUCCAGAUCGUCAGCUACGUGGCCGACGACUACGGCUACAACGCCGAAGUCGCUUACGAGGGAGAGGCCCACCACGCUCCCGCCUACGCGCCCAAGCCCGCCUACCACCCGCAGCCAUACAAGCCGGCCUAUAAGCCGGCCUAUAAGCCCGCCUACGGCCCGUACAAGCCGGUGCCCGCGUACGCCUGA